GUCAGGAGUCACAAAUGGCGGCCACCGUGGAGGCAGCAGCCGGCAUGAGCAAUAUGCUGCAAUUCAUGAAACUUAUCGGACAGCUCAAAAGGGUCCCACGCACUGGAUGGGUGUACAGGAACGUAAAGAAACCAGAGAGUGUAUCAGACCACAUGUACCGCAUGGCCAUGAUGUCUCUGACCAUCACAGACCCCACAGUGGACAAGAGCAGAUGCAUAAAGCUGGCUCUGGUUCAUGACAUGGCAGAGUGCAUUGUGGGAGACAUCGCUCCAUCGGACAACAUCAGUAAAGCUGAGAAACACAGGCGAGAAGAGGAAGCGAUGAAACAUCUAUCAGCUCUUCUACCGGAGGGCCUCAAACAGGAGAUGUAUGGGCUGUGGGAGGAAUAUGAAACUCAGAGCAGUCAGGAGGCCAGGUUGGUGAAAGAGUUUGACCUCCUGGAGAUGAUCAUGCAGGCUCACGAGUACGAGGAGCUGGAGGGAACGCCGGGACGACUGCAGGAGUUCUUUGACUCCACCAACGGUCGUUUCCAGCACCCAGAAGUGCUCCAGCUCCUCAGCUCUCUGAAUGAAGAGAGGGCAUGUCACAUGACGAAAACGGACGAAUCAAAGAAAUCUGACGCUGAAUCUUCACAGCCACAUACGUCGUCACACACCUCUUGACU